CGUAGCGCUCGCGCUCUAAGUCGAUUCGAUUAUAUGUGAGUCUUCUAUUAGUUGGGCUUAUGGACUUAGAAAGUGAUGUUGAUAACAUUUAUGAAGUCGAGAAAAUCUUAGAUGCAAAAAGGAAGGUGAGUGGAAAGCUUUUUCCUUGUUUUGUGAGUACAAUACGUGGGAAAUAGCGCUGUUCCGGCCAUCCGCUUACAUUACAUAUUUGUUUGACGAACGGGCCUAAUUGAAUGGUUUUCACACAGUGUUUAGUUAAAGACGGCUUUGAUGAAGAUAGCCAAUACUUGCCUAAUCGGAGAUUAAGCAGAAGGAGUAAUACAACUAGUAGUAGUUUUUUAAGGUUCCCUUUGGCGCUGCUCGCAGCUGUUCACAGUACGCUUUAGCUCUCCAUCUGUCAGCUGUAAGUAAAUUUGUUUGAAUUUCCUAGCCUCCUUGAUUUUACUUACCAUUUUUUUUCGUUUGGUUUUAUACCUAUUGCCUCGAUUUUUGUUUAGCGAGACGCUUGUAACAUAAUUAAUGUACAUGUACUGUGUAUCGGUCAAAUGGAAGCUUCAACAUGCAACAUCCCCCUGUGCAUUAGAAUACUUUUCCCCUUUUUUCAGGGGGGCUAAUCAAUUUUUCACACCCCCGGGGAAAUUAAAAAUUGUCUCUAUUACUCUUUUUAUUAUGUAGUAACUUUCCAAUAUUCUUGACUUGAACUGAGCCGAGUCUGUUUGUACAUAGUAUCUCAAGUUUAAAAUGCACAUGAAUAAAAGAGCCUUCAGUUGUCAAACAAACACUUUAGAUAUUGUUCGCCAUUAUUAAUUUGCAUUAACAUGUAUGAUGUAUGAAGGGUUUCAUUUAUUUGAAAAGAGGAAGCCGGGAGCUUAUUUGAUCAGGCAAAAUGGGGUAAUAGACUGUUUUUUCAAACAACCAGUAGAUGGUAUCUGCAAGAUGCAAAGUAGAAAAGCUAAAACUACCUUCAAAUACAGUGCAAAGCUUGUGAAGACCUUAAUGGUGCACAGCCAAUAUAAUCAAACACACAUAAGAGUAGCUGCAACCAGCACAGCAUGCAAAGAAAGUAUUGGCUGAUAGCCCGUGGCUAGUGGAUUUUGCUAUCAGGCUAGUGACUUCUGUUUUUAACUUGCCCGACAGGCAAGUGAUGUUUUUGAGGAACUGGAAUAACAGAAGAAGUGUGAAAUCAAUUCUGCUCGUCAAAAAGCUUUCAGGGCAAAUCGAAAUGACAUCUGGGCUAGUAAAUGCUACCUUCACCUUACCCUGAAUGGCAAGCCGUAAAAAUAAUUAUUUUCUUUGUACCCUGAAACAGUUCUUGAAGUUAUGCUUGAUUGUAGAUGUAUGGAUUCACAAUUUGUUUCCAUUUCUUGUGGUCUUUGCAUUCGAUUCGGACUGGAAUGUAGGCUGCUCUCUCGGUCCAUCCCGAGAGAGACGGCUGAAUGUGUGAGUGGCCUAUCGUGUCUGUGACGUAAAUUCAAAAUUUGAUUUAUGCGUUGUUACAAAACGUCAGAAAUGGGAAAUUUCAUAAAAAUACCGAACACAUGUUGUACUUUGCCUCGUUGUCACUUUGGUAUUUGCCAUAAAAAUCAGCAGAAACUCUAACUGAUUGUAUUUACAUUGAUCUUGCAUUACUGAUGGACUUGACGGUCGUUUCUUUCAUGUUAGCUGCCAACAACCAUACUUGCAGACUGGAAAAUAAUUAUUGAUCCAGUUCCGGUUGGUUGAAUUUCAAAAAAAAGCUACCAUUUACCAUUUACCAUUUAAUACUUUUCUUUGUAAAUAUUUUAGGUUUUUAAGCUCAAAACACUCUAAAACAAGAUCACACGCCACAUCAAACAACGGCUUUGCAUGCCCCAUUAGAAAUCUGUGCAAGGAAAAUACAAAAUUCAUAGUGCCUGCUUGAUUUGGGCAGGCAUCGAUCUGAUUGGUGAUAAUUGACAAUAGCAAACUCAUGCGUCCAGCCUACUGUUUGAGGGAGGAGCAUGGGCUUGUUUCCUGAACAGCCUAAGAGGAAUGUAAAUUAAUGCUCAAGAAUUUAAGACUAUAUUAAACUUUUUGAUUCUCUAAAUUUUCUCCCAAAAUAUUUGAAAGAACGAAGUGAUUAGUUUUCCUUUACUGUUUGUUUGCUUGUUUUCAAUUAAUAGUUACAAUUUUCAUGAGUUUUAAAAAUGUUCCAUAUGGAGCGGAGCACUUAUACUUUGAAGUAACUUUCAACUACAAAAAAUAGACCUCUUUUAUUUUAGUUACCAAGGCCUGCUCACAGUGCCAGGGGUAUUUUGUAGAACACCAAAUCAAGCUCUAGGAUUUCAAAUCCCAUGGAUAAUAUAUUUUCGGUUCUGUGCCCAGAAAUCAUGGGAAACCAUAAGUAACAAUUUUUUGGUUCUGUGCAAAAUGGGAACCCGUGCACUUUGAGUUCUUUUGACGUACAGAAACGUGUUGUUAAACAUACUUAUGUGUACUAUUAUUUGUUUCUAUUAAAAUGUCAGAAGAAGGUCAAUUUUAGUGUUAAAUGUGUGUGCACUUAAGUGUCUAAAACUCCAGACUCUUCUUCGAUCCAACUGAAGAAGUAUACUCACUUGAAAUGUUCGCCACAGAUCUUGUCUUUUCAUAAAGACAUUUGGGCCUCAUAAUCAGUUUCACAGUGAAAUCGUCACUAAAAGACCACCUUCUUAAACUUUUGGAGUGUCAUAUGUUUUUUCUUAGCACUGGAAGCUAUAACAAUCGCUGACAUCUUUCAUGCAUGAGUCAUCAGUAACGAGCAAAUUGCACUUUGGGAACGAUUCAAGAUGGCAGACGAUAGAAAAAUAGUAACAUUUUAAUUUCAUUUAUCAGCCAAGUCAUAACCAAAGAAAAUUGCUCUACUAGUUAACAAUCCGAGUGGGAAAAUACUAUAUAAUUUGUGUAUUUUGAUCCCUCAGCCUGAAUUUAUCAGGAUACAGUAAAAACCCAUGAGUAAGAGCCUAAGAUUUAAGAACCUCUUUAGCCUAAAAUUUGGAAACAGAUUCUUAUUUUCAAAAAUCAUUUUAAAAUAUUUACUUAAAGAGAAAUGGUAUAAUAAAUGUAUGAUCAAUGUGGAUGAGUAGUUGUUACAUGUCAAUUCUAAUGUUAAAAAUUAUGACAUGCAUAUAAAAUUAAUCUUCCUAGCAACAACACAAUUUUUUGCAAGAAAUUAAGAACCUAUUAAGAACCUAGAUAGCCUAAAUUUAUGUCAACCACCAUUUAUGUAAGAACCUGUUUAGGCUAACCCUGGAAAAUGUAGGUUCUUACUUGUGGGUUUUUACUGUAUGUCACCGGGAAACUAUUUUUUGGUUCCGUUAUUUUGAGGUCAUGGUAAUGACACGGUGCAGGAAACAGUCAUUACCGUGAAAUCUUUUGGCUUGCCAAAUGGCCCUGAAUGAUGCCUGUGAAGUAAAGUGAUUAUUGUUAGUGAGUCAAGUUCCACUCUCUGUUUGCCAUCUACAAUGAUCCUAACUGGAGCUUCAUUUGCUCACUUUCCUAAUUAAGCCUGAGAAAACAGCUAACAUUUGGCGAUGCUACCACUGGUUUCCUGACCAAAUGAAGUCUCAGAAAUGAGCACAGGAAUUCCAUACUGAUGACGCGUCACUACCCAGGUCCAAGUAGUGCUUCUGACUGGUCGAGCUGCGUGGAAAAUUUGAUUCAACAAAUCAGAAGCACUACCCAGAUCUGGGUAGUGACACGUCAUCAGUAUGGAAUUUCUGCACUCGUUUAUCAGGCAUCAUUUGGCGCCGAAACUACUGCAGGUAGUGUAGCGAAAUGUCGGCUGUUUUCUCAGGCUAUCACUUCCCUAAAUUUAAUAACUAAACUGCAUGCAGUCACACAUGUUCAAAGUUCUGCAAAAUUCCUGUGUCAUGCUCAGCGCGAGGUUGUUAAGGGUUUUGGGGGAAUCCAUUGUUUUUUUCCCUGUUAAUUUGUGAAUUGGCUUUGUUUCAUUUGAAUAACAUGAAUUGGUUUUUAUAGCCAUGUAUUAACUUCAAGUUUUCUUUUUUGUGAGGUUAUGGGAAAUCCUCUUGAUCUAAUUUGACUCCAUAACAUUCCUUCUACCUUCAAACAAGAAAUUUGUGAACCCCCUAAAAAUUGUAAAGUAAUAUUUUGAAGUCAAAUACAUUGGUUAAUUCCACAAAACCUUGUCAAAACACAAUGCAAUGACCAGAAUUGGAAGUCAGGGCUAAGCAAAUCAGCUGAUGUCACAUGAUAUCAUCCGCCUAUCUUCAAUCCGUCACUGGUUUCCAGUCUCUGGGACAUUUCUCUGGGGGAAAAAGCAGUUUUUGGACGGCCAAAAUUCAACAAAUGUUUUGGGAGAUCGACACAUUUUUAAAAUGAGGAUUGUUAAUUAAACCUAUCUAAGGACCAACAUCAGGUUAAAAACAUUCAUGGCAUACUGUACAUGUUAAGUUUUUGUCAAGUACAGGGUGAAAACAUUGAAUCAGCUAAGGUCACUCAAAAGUUGGACCUUACAAGGGAAGGAAGUCUUAAAUAGGGACUCUUAUUUUUUAUUAAUGGCCAAUUUUUAUCUAUUUGUGUUUGGUAGGAUGGAAAAGCAUUAUACAAAGUGCGCUGGGAAGGUUAUGGAUCAGAAGAGGACUCCUGGGAACCCAGUGAUAAUCUUCUAACUUGUCAGGAACUGGUGGACAGGUUUUGGCAGGAGAGAAAGGAAGGACACAAAAAACGUGGGAGAAAACCUGUAAGUAAUUUAAUCCUCUAACUCUCAAGAUUGGUCACUGAAAGACAAAUUGUUCCUUGCGUCAGUAUAGUCUCUUACUCAGCCAUUUUUUGUGUUGUCACACAACAUUCUCUCCACCCCCUCUCCCCUUCUGCCCCCCCCCCCCCCCCCCCCCCCCCCAAACACUUUAAAAUGACAAAAAAAUAGCCAACAUGAUGGGUUUCAUUUUCAAACUCAGUAGCCACCCCCGUACCCGAAAAAAAGCCUGCCUGGAGGCUUCACUCGGAUGGUUUCCCCGUAAGACCACCAAACAAAUUAAAAGCCCCACGGGAAAAAAAUACAAAUAAAAGAGGUAAAUGAGAGAAAGGAAGGAACCACAAAACGGGGGAGAAAAACUUUAAGAAAUUUAAUCCUCCAACUCUCAAGAAUGGGUACUGAAAGACAAAUUUUUCCUUGCGUCAGUAAAGUCUCUUUCCCAGCCCUUUUUUGUGUUGUUCCACCACAUUCUCCCCCCCCCCCCCCCCCCUCUGCCCCCCCCCCCCACCACCACCACCACAAACAUUUUAAGAUGACAAGAAAAUGGCCACGUUGAUGGGUUUCAUUCUCAGACUCAGUAGUCAGCCCUGUACCUGAAAGAAAGCCUGCUGUGAGGUUACACUGGUAUGGUUUCCCCGUAGAACAGCAAACUAAAUUAAUAGCACCAUGUGAAAUAACUGCAGCUGAAGAGGUUUAAGUUGAAUGCUAACACCAUAGCAUAUCAUCCACAGACUCACAUGCAAAACAAAUAGUAGGGUGUGAGAGUACUACUCACGAAGUUUGAUUUAUUAAAUGGGGUUAAAAUAGGAUUUUAUUCAUUGAGUCAAAAGUUAAGCUUCAUUUUGUGUCCAUAAUUGACCCAAAGAGUGAAAGAGUUACAUAUAGAUAACUAACAAGGCUACUAGUAGAUUUUGUUGUAAGCUCUCUGAUAAGCACUAGGCCACUCCAUCUGACCAGUCAAUUAAAUUUAGCCCCUGAACUCUCAUGUAACCCCGCCCCUCCCAAUUUCAAAGACUUGUUUCGUUAUACUAAACACACAAAAAAUGUUAACAAAAUGAUUUCAGAACGAAUGUAUUUUAAUACCCUUUGGCAACGGGCAUUUUGAAGGGUAAGACAUCGCUUUUUAACCAAAUCCUCCAGUUUUUAGAGGACUGGUUUUCAAUUAAUUAGCAUGGAAAUGGCUAAAAAGGGAUCUGCGACGUCAGGGGCGAAUAAGUUUCCUAAUAGCGAAGCUCUCGUGCGCGGAGCACCAUAUAGGCAAGAAAACUUGGUUAUCUCUUGAUCCUAGACUGCAAAACAGUCGGUUUUUUCGCAAAAUCAGUAAAGAAAUCGGUAACGCGUGGCGUAAGAGUCUUACGCGCGCGAGGCGCGCGAGCCUCACACCCCCGUAGGGCUUGUGAGGCGACAGAAAAAGCGUCUCUCCUCAGUCUCGCUCUCUGUUUUCAGCCUCGUUCCAGAUCUUUUGUUUGACUGCUCGCGCGUACUUGGAUACGCAAAAAUACGGACUGUUUUGCAGUCCUUUGAUCCAAGAAAUUUUGGUUCUGACAAAAUCGUGCGUACGACGUACGUCCGUACUUACAUUGUACUCCACCACUUUAUGUAAGCCGGGGUGAAAUUUUGCUUUUCAAGCACCCGCGUUAAUUUUUAUGUCUACAUUGACGUGGAUAACAGAGAAAGUGCUAGAGCGAGAGAUAAAAAACAUAGGAGACCAAUUUGUUUGGACGAAAAACAUGAAAUUUUUUAGCGGCGGUUAGAAAAAUGAGAAAUGCUAGCGGCCACCAAGGUGAAAAUGAGCGGUAGCUAAAAAAGUGAACAGGAACUUUUACAAAAUUUUCUCCACUUUCACGUUGUACUUGUGCAUAACAGCGGCAAAGAAAUGUACAAAAAAAGUGUGCUGCACGUGGAAAGUUGUUGUUGUUGUUGUUUUUUUUUUUGCUAAUUAGACCGCUGAUUUUUUUGGGUAUUCUCUUUGCCGUCGUCGCUUAGUAUUACACUACUUUAUAUUUUGUUUGAGUAAUCUUUAUAUAUUAACGAGAGCUUCGCUUUUAGCCAUGGUUAUCGCGCAGAAGAGUAUGACUUCAUUUCCGGUUCCCGUAGCCGUCCUGAAAACCGUCCGUUUUGCCUUUUUUUUCGACAAAGAAAACUCAUUUUAUAAUUGGGCAUGCCACAGGCAGCCCAAUAAAUGUCUUGACAUGGGCAUGCAUGAGGUUAAAGCUGACCGUGAUGGUUAUUACGUAUAUCAGAGUUCCUGUCCAACUCUGAAGAUAACUUUCUCAACAACCUUUCAUUGGUUAACUUAUUCUUGGCGUGUUCAACCGUGUCGCGGCUUGUUUUCAACCACUUUCGUCAUAAACAGGAAGUGCGUUAAGAACUCUCGUGUACAGCUUGCCCAAACAUGUCUAUAGACUGUAGUUCUCCAUUAAUUGCUUAGUUAGUUAGUUAGUUAGUUAGAAGCAGGCGGUUACUUUUGAUUGUUGACUAGAAUAAAGUAUCCCGAGAUAAAAACAUAGACUCACGGUAAAUCUUCGCUCAGCGAGCGAGUUGCUCGAACCAUCCCCAACAAUACAAAGUUAAAGUACACUAUGGUAGGAAGACCUUGACACUAGUUUACGAUUGUAAGUAAUUGAACGUUUUAGUAGAUUUUGUGAGGCUGAAUGGUUACAUUUUGGCUUUCCUCUUACAGAAACAAAUUAGAGAAACUACGGACGAAGAUAGCGAUGAGAGUGAUACUGAAGACGGUCGAAAGGUAAGAUUGUGUUUGUUUACAGAAAAUUAGUACCUACAAAGCUUGUUGGCAGCAUCCUUGGUCCCACAGUCUUCUCAAAAACUGGAGAGAUUUGCACGAGUGUGCGCAAUGGAACAAAAGCGCAAUUUAUCUGUUUUCUUUUAAUUUACCAAGGAGAGUUUUUGUCAAGUGAUAACUUAAAUUUCAAAUGUAUAGUUUGUGACAGAGAAAAAAAAAAUGUGUGCCAAAAUCUACCUUUAAAUCGCGCGUUGGAUAUCACAUAAUUUGCCUCCACUACACAACCGAACAUACAAAACAGCACUUGGAGGCAUGGGCGCGUCGGCCAGACAGGGCCCAUGAAACACUUUGUUAACACGCGUGAAAAACUCCACUGUUACCGUAAUUCCAAGAACACGCCACAACCGGACACGUAAAGCCGAAAAAACCAGCUAUUGGAGAAAUAGGGACCGUGUAACCCCAACCUAUGCUAUGGCGUCGUCUUCGGGGUUAAAAGGCAAAACAAAUAAAAUAAAGCCUAAUAACAUGAAUACGAGCAGAAAACGAGAUGCUACAUAAAAUAGCUAAGAAACAUAAGGACCAGUACAGAUGGUAACGAAAUUAAGGCUAAGAGAAUAAGCGAAAACUAAACUAAACAAAGCAAGUUGAUGCGGCGAGGCCGACCGUAGAAUGACACGCAUAACUAAACGUCACUAUAUCAAACCCCCUAACCGCGAUCCCUCGCGCGCUACAAUAGAACCCAGUCCUCCGUUCCGUACCGGUAAAAUAAUAAUUUAUGUCAAUUCUAAUUUACACAAAUUAUAUUAUUUCCUAUCGGCUUUCUUAUCAACUUUUGGUUACAAUUAUAAUACAAUAAUGAUAACUCUUUCGUUCCCUUUCUGGUAUUUUUCUCUUUUUUUGGUAAGAGAAAGUGCCUUUAUUUCUCGCAAAAUAGAGGUUGCGGCUACCGACGCGUAGCCGGUUUAACCGCCGCGAAAAUUCAAAAAUCUUUGUCAACCACUACAGGCUCGAUUUCCAGAGGGCGAGGGAACGCAGACGCAAAAAAAAAAAAAAAAAAAAGGUGUCGAGCCUCUGACAUGCGCUGUAGCGUAUCAGACGUAGGGGAGGUUAAGCAGCAACGACGGCGACGGCUACGAAAACGUCAGUUGAAAAGUGUGUUCGCGCUGUUUACAACUUUAUCGCGCUUAUUUCAUCUUGUUCUAUAUGUUCAUCAGAUGUUGCAUGGCAGUUCUGGAGUUGAAUUCUAAAGGACUGUAUCAAAGUUCGGGAAAAGAAAAAGAAAGUUGUCCUGUGUUUUCGUCCUCGACAAAACGUUAAAUUAGGCACUUUCACGUGGCAGUGAAAUAGAAGUGUUCAAAAAAGCGUGAUGCACGUGCAAAGUGUUGUUUUGCUCAUCUAAGCCUAUAGCUAUUUUGACGUUCUCGUUGCCGUUGCCGUCGUCGUUGCUUAAGCUCCCUAAUUUUGUCUGCGUGGAGAAGAGUGUCAAGAAAAUGUACGAAAAAAUACUUCAGUUCCAUUGCCAAGAAUAAAGAAAGCUAAGCCAGCAUCGUUUCCUAAGACGCUGUCAAAUUUAGCUCUUGGCCGAGUUGUUCCAAACCGGGUUGCCAUGGUAUGGUUUUGCGCUGAUUGUCUUUUGAACGACUCGGCCAGGAUCUACUUGCGGUAUGUUGGCGUUAAGUAGCACAGACGACGCUACAGGCAUAUUCUGUCUUCGGCAGCUCGUGCAAAUAUAGCACGCGAUUAUGAAAGAAUUGGAGCGAGCUAUCACGCAAGACGCCUUUCUGAAAACCGACUCUUAGUUACUCAUUGUUUACACUCUAAAGCUACUACCUCGUUUAAAAAUUGGAAGUUCCUUCAGUUUGAAGGUAUGUGUUUUGGAUUCACCUUGAAAUAACAACCUUCAAAGGAUGUAGCAAAAUUUCUCAUCAUGCUGAAAUUUGUUCAUAACCAGAUAUUCUUUUCCAUUUUUUUCCAAGCCAUAAAAUCUUACCCGCUCUGCAAUCCAUGAGUAUUAUUGCUCCUUAAACUGCCACCGAACUUUUUCUUGUUUUCAGGAUCUAAAUAACAAGGAAAAAGAGAUGGCUUUACCUCAGCAAAAGAGGAAAAGAGGUCGUCCUCCAAAGCAGCAAUUGUUUUCCGAUACAGACACGGCAGAGCAGUAUAGCUCAACAUCUCCGGAGACAAGUGAUCAUAAUAUGGCCACCAAAAGACGAAAAUCUUCUAUCAAAGACGACGAUUCUUUGUUUGGGAUCUCGCCUACAGAUUUUUUGCUUCUUGAUUACGGCGAGAUUGCCCCAUUGGGACUUACAAGGCAGGCCAGUAAAGAACUUGCUCUUGUCUCGCUUCGAAAGAAACAAGAAUCUGAAGCUUUGGUGAACUCUAAAUCGGAAGUGAGCUGGACAAUUUCUGAGGACGUUUUGUCUGAUACGAAGGAGGAUGACUUUGUUGAGGCAGAACGAAAAGACUCUAAGCAAGUUGAAACAGAAGAGAACAGUUUUGAACUAAUUGAAAUUUCAUCGCAAGGCACAGAAGACGAGGAAGAGCAAACUUCUUCGCAAAGUUCCGAACCAUUUGUAGCAGAAUGUAUUCUCAUAUCUUCACAAAGUGAUUCAGAGAGUGGAAAGGAAGGGUCGACUACGAAGUCCGCGCAACAUUCGUCGAAAACGACGCUGAAAAAGAAACGCAUAAAGCCAGGAAAGUCACGUUUGAAAAAUAACGAAAAUAGUAAUCCAGAGAAAGUCAAAGAGCGUGUUCAAUUUAAAAAUGACUUUGAGAAGCUUCGCAAAGACUCUGUUGAAGAACUCAGUACGAAAAAUAAAACAAGUUCAAAGACCGAUGCAUUUCCUCCAAUAGAUUUUAAUUCGGAGGAAGGAGCAACUGACAAAGAAUCUCUUGAAAAGACCCCGGAAGUGUUUCAGAUUGAGAAAACGAAAAUUUUUAACGAACACUCUUCGACCGAUGAAAAUUCCAACCAAGUGUCCCCCUCGGUAAAUCCCAUAAAUCUACCUUCUAUGUUUUCUAAUUUGAAGUCGCUGUACAAGGAAACAAUGAAGGGAAAGAAUUUACUCCCUCAGACUUUAGAAAACAGCAAUAAAACAAAUUCUGAGAAAGAAAUUACGGAUUCUGUGAGAAGUGGUAAGAAUGAGGUUAUGGCUGCGUCGAUCAAAAAUUCGAACGUGUCAACUUUACCUGAUUCAUUUGAGCAAUUACAAGCAAGAGUAAUCGAAGCAAGUGUCAAUAAAGAAGACAAUAGUGAAACGAAGACAGACACGUCAGUUCGAUGCAGUGAUUCGGACAUCGCAACUUUGAGACGGAUAAACCAAAAACCCUCCAAAGGAAAGGCUAAAAAAACUACAGGACUACCAAGACCCGUGAGGGAAAUGAAGCGAAAGCAGGCAUUAAUCGAUAGUUCGACUGGAGUAUCGCAUAACGCGGCCGUGUCACCAGUAACGGAAAAUAUUACUAGGGUGAUGAACGAAGCGCUCGUUAAACCGGAUAAACAAAUGAGUGCUUCAACGACAGCGGAAUUGCUGCCGAUGCAAAACAAGACCAGUUCAGUUCCGCUCAUGGAUGGCGAUCUUGUCGGCGCGAUUAUACAAGAUAGUGGAAAGAUAGACGAAAAUAAAACAAAACCUGUACCGCUGACUUCUGCUGGCAAAAAGGACGGUAAAUCAGACGAGAAAAAAAUCUCACAGAAAAAACCAAGAGAUAAGAAAGAAAAGCACAAACCCUGGGUAAGUUAUUGUGUCGACGAGAUCCACUUUUAUUAUUACGCGUUAUUUUUGUUAUAAAUUCGUUUUAUUUCCAUAUUAUUUUGAAUAAUUGCAGAUUGUACCGAUUCGCGGCACUUUCUGUUCUGAUUGGUAAAUAUAUUUAUGUCUACUGUUGGCGAUGAUAACCCUAAUUUCAAGAAAAAAAAACUUAUAAUUUCAAUUUCAUUGCAGAUUUUUACAUUACGGAGUUGUUUUCAGAUAAUUGAAAAUUAUGGAGUCGCCUAAUUUAAUGCAGCGAUCAGCUGUUUGAAACUAAGUUAUUUUCAGGUUUUCGCAUAAUUUAUUGAUUAGAAUUUGUUCUUGUGUAAACACUUUGUAGUAAUGAUUCACUUUUAUGAUUCGAGGUAAUGAAAAUAUUAGUCUGCGACGAACGUAUCCCAGACUACUGAUAUUUCUUCAAGAGAUUUAGUUCAAGCAAUUUAAGAAUUUAAACCUUAAUUUAUUAAGGUCUUAACAGUUGUUUUCAUUGUCAUGGUUGGCUGCGACAUACGGCAGAACGCGCGUUUUCAAAGAUAGACUGCAAAACAGUCGGGUUUUUUUGCUCAAAAUCAGUAAAGAAAUCGUUUUCAGCCUCGUUCCAGACCUUUUGUUUGACUGCUCGCGCGUACUUAAAUACGCAAAAAUACGGAGUGUUUUGCAGUCUAUUUCUAAGAUAGUUUUGUGUAUCUAUUGCCAACAGCCGUCGCAUUUUUUUCAAUUAAGGCGAAAGCCGACAGCAUAAAUGAAGGGAAAAGAGUAAUAUAUAGAGGAUAUUACACGGUGGCGCGAAGGUAUGAAUUUUAUUUUCGAGUGGCAAAACAGUAUUUUACGAACGAGCGCAGCGAGUGAGUAAAAUAUUGUUUUUGCCACGAAAAAAUAAAAUUCAUAUCUCCAAGCUGCCGUGUUAGGUUCUUUUUAUUAUAUAGACAAAAAGACAUCGAUAAAAUAAUAGAGGGAAAUUACUGAAAUUACGUCAUCGUCACGUGUGAUAUUAUGGAAAAUAAACCACUCGGGUCCAGGAUGUAGUUUUUAUGAAUUUUACGAGUGGUAAAACACUUCUGUCUAUAUAAUAAACACUCGUGUCUAUAUCAUAAAAGGAAAUAUAACACGUCAUUAGUCCAAAGAGGAAAGGAAAAUCUAACCACGGGUUUGGUGUCAAGCUCUGAACACGGAAUUUAAUGACAAUGAUUUUUGUAUACAGCUCGAGAAAUUCAAAGAGAAAAAAAAAGUACAACUCCACAUUUACUUAUCAUGGGCUUAUUAAAAUAUCAAUAUAUAUAUAUAUAUUUUCUUUUUACGCAACUUCCUCGUGACUUCUGUAACUUCUUCCCUCGUCAGACCAAGGCUAUGAAACUUAGGCUUACGACGUUAUAAAAAUUGUCUCUAUGAAUUAAUCAACUAUCUUAAACUCAAGAAAUUUAGGAAUUUAAAACUCUUAAAAUGCGCCUUGCUAGGUAUUAUAUUUACAUAUUUAUAGAUUUGUUAUAAGUGACUAAGGGGCCGCCCAUUCAACUCUUGAGUCCCCCCCCCCCCCCCCUCAAGAGUUAAAUGGUCGGCCCCUAAGGUCCCUUUUAUAUGGAGAAAAGAUGGAUCAAUUUAGGUUUCUGAAAAACUGCUCACCUACCCCUCUCCUAAGCUAACAUUUUGCCCUAAGUGAAAAGUAAGUGUUAAUGUUGGCUUAGGGGAGGGGUAGGUUGGCAGUUUCCAAGAAACCUUUUGAUCCGAAAAGAUUUCCCGGGUAGGAGGGUCAUGAGAGAAAAAAGUUGACCCUUUUGCCGGAGCCAAGAGUUGCAUGACCGCAUGCUCCGAUUGUCUCGCCUUUGCGGAGCUGGCCUUGCUGGGCGAGCUGAUGGUUUAUAUGCCACUUGCAUACCUCACAUAGUGCACCUUAUUUGCCCCCCCAAAAUUUUGCAUAAGCAUUGUUUUCAAUUUGUCCUGGCUGUAAUACCCAGGAGAAAUGAAAAACAAAGGUUAUCCAAAAUUUUAGGGGGCAAAUAAGUAGUUUUAUGGUAGACGUGCAAGUGGCGUUUUUUUUUUUUUGUUUCUCGUGUAAAAGGUACGCCAAGUCUGGGAAGAAAACGUAGGCCAAAGGUGGCUUGCCCAGGCUAGCUCGGGUAGGCGAGUGUCCCCUCCGGCUACCCGGGACACGAGUUUUCUCCAUUGAAACGGCACCUAAAGGACUUGAAAGUUUAAUUUUAGAUCAACAUUUUUGUCGUUAUGAUUACAGGACAGUGGAAUGGAGGACAUAUCAGAUGGAGAAGACGAUUUGAGUGAUUUUGAGUUCGAUCUUGAUGACUACUCGCCACAUUCCUUUUUCAAUGACGUGGAGGUAACUUGCUUACCUAGUUUUCCCUGUAGGAAGUAACGCGAGAAAUCUUUUUUGUCUUUGUGUGAAAAAAUUGUAAUAAUAAUGAAGGUAACUUUUGCGAAGUACAAAAUUUUGCCAAAGAAGGUGACAUCAAAUGGAUUCAUUGAGGGGAAAGUAGAACCGAUUCAGUCGGAGGGUCUACACCAUGUAAGUUGAACAGACUUAUAUUACUUUAUAACAGCUUUCGUUUUACUAGGAUACAUACUUUAGUCUUAGGUAAGGUAAGUAAACCCGUUCUUCUUUUUGAAAUUAAUACGUUAAGCCGACCAAACUCUCUUAUGGCUGAACACUUUGCUCCUCAUUCUUUAGCCUGCGAGCAAGCUCUCCAGGUAUGGCGAGUGAAGCGAACCGCCGUCUUCUUUCGCGUGCGCCUCUCGGGUGACUACUCGCGACUCCCCCAAAUGGAGAGCUUGCUCGUAGGCUUCUCAUUGUUAAACUGUUUACGCAAGCAUAAGUGAGACAUGUCAACAAGGUGAAGGGAAGGGUGGAGGUCCUGGAGCAUCGUCCAACGAUACCAGCUACUACCCACCCCUCCCCCUUCUAAAAAACGUCCGCGACCUAGAAUUGUUAAUUGUUAAUGGAGAGAAGUGUAAUGUCAUGUUACCAUGGUAGGAAAAUUUUCGGAAGCUUAAGCAACGACGACGAUGACGACGACGGCAACGAGAACGGCAAUUAAUUGGUUAAUAGAGCGGUUUUCGUUUGAGUGUCGUAAAACCAAAACCAAAGUAAUUACUCUGGCCAAUCACAUAGGACACAGUCAAUACAUUGAACCAAUCAAAACUCGAAGUAAUUACAUGUGGCUGACGCAAAGCGCGGGAAAAUGCAUGCGAGCGCGUCACAAUACCGAAACCAAAAUGAAGACUAACCUACUUUUCCACCGCGCUUAGAUUUAAGCCAAUCGCAUCGUGUAGAAAGUGCAAAACCAAUUACUUUUCGACACUCAAAUGAAAACCGCUCUAUUAGCAAAACAACAACUUUGCACGUGCAUUGCGAUUUUUUGUACAUUUCUUAGCCGUCGUUGCACGACUUCGACAUGAAAUUUCUCGCUGCCCCUUCAUGAAGUACGCGAACACAACACAAAAAUUUUCUUUUUCUUUUUCCAAAUUUAGAUAUAUAUAUAUAUACGGUCCUUUCGGAUUCCGCCCCAUAAAAUUUCGCCAACAUUUGACGAAUUAAAUGAAAUUGAAUAAGAUCUAUGAAGUUUGAAACAGUGUGAAUUCACUUUUUACGUGAAGUUUUCGGUUGGUUGUAAUCCAGAAAUUUUGCUACCAUGGCAACAUGACGUCAUAUGUCCUCUCUAUUGAGGAUGUUACUAAAACGGGGAGAAGGGAAGGAGCGCGGGAAACGGGAAAUUGAGAAAUGGGAAGCAAGCAAAGAAUUGGGAAUGAAGUUACUGAUAGAACUGGGUUUAAGUUAGGUUUUGUUCCCAUUUUUCAUUUUCCCCGGCGUUCCCCAUGCCCUUUUCCUCUCUCCCCGUUUUAGUAACAUCCGUUUAUUAUCAAUCAAUGGAACUGUUUUUUUUUUUAUCUGUCUCUAGGAAUCUGUUGUACCAGACCGAUCAUCUUCUCCCACGAUAGAACCGCUGAAUUUGUCAUGGGGUAAGAAAGUAAACUUUCUAGAAGAUAAGGCAACAGUCUUGAAAACGCCGUAAGAAAGACACGAUUUGUAACAAAGUGUAAUUUUCCUUUGCUUUUUCUGUCGAAGAAGUACUGUUCGAAGUUAACGUUGAGAAAAAUGAUCUGCGAAAGGUUUUUAUUCAAAAUGGCUAAAACGAUACCAUUUCUGUCUACUUUGCCUGCGAAAAAAACUUCUUUGAACAAAAUGUUUAUAUUUGUGGCACGAACAGAACGAAGCUUUGCGUUUUUUGAAUUUUAUAGCCUGAGAAAACAGCCAACAAUUUGCAACGCCACCCCUGUUUUACCUACGAAAGAACGUCUGGGAAACGAAUGAAGAAAUUCCAUACUGUCGGCGCGUCACCACCCAGAUCUGGGUAGUAUUUCUGAUUGGUUGAAGCAAAUGGGUAGGCGCUCGUUUCCCAAACGUCAUUUUGCGGGGAGACCAGUGGUGGUUUCGCGAAAUGUUGGCCAUUUUCUCAGGCUAUGAAUUUCACAGCUAACUCUCGAGUCAACUGCGACCCCUGGAAGCCCUUGAAAAAGCCUGUAACGUUUUAAGAGGUGGCUUUUUGAUGGUUUCGUUAAUGUGAUUUUCUUUUCGCUGUGAAGCUGAUCUAAAGCAAGCCAUUCGAGGAGGUGACAUCAUGCUGGUUAGACGAGCUCUUGCAGUACCCGAUUUUAACCCGGAUAUGAUUGACACCGCUUCCGGUAUGACACUACUCAUGUGGGCAGCAACGUAUGGGCAAGAUGAGGUCGUUAAGCUUCUGAUCAGGAGAGGCGCUGGUGUUAAUACUGAGGAGAAAAGGAACUCUAUGACGGCGCUUAUACACGCUGCCGAACAGGUAAGGGGCAACCGUGACUACGUACUCUGAUGAAGGGCAGUUUUCCGGCUUAUGGCCCUCAAGCAACGACGACGACGUUAAAGAAAACGGCGCUUAAAAAAUGAAAUUGCAUCCUCUCAAACUUUAUCGCGUCUAUUUGGACCCGCUCAAUGUGUCAAAUGUCAGCGAUUUUUCCUGGAGUUGAAUUCUUAAGCACUUUAUCCAGGUUCAAAAAGAGGAAGAGAAAUUCGUCGUGGUAUGUUUACGUCCUCCACAAAACGUCGCAUUAGGAGGUGUCACGUCGUAGAAGUUCAUUGAACGUCAAAGAAAUGUACUAAAAAGAGUGAUGCACGUGCAAAGCUGUUGUUUGGCUCAUAAAACCAUUUGUUUUUCGUAGUUGUCGUUGAUGUUAUCGUCGUGGCUACUUAAAAGCUCACUAUUUUUAAUUUUAUUGCGCUUUUCAGUUUUUUCCAAAUUCAUUUUAGCGAGUUACUUGGGUUUUUCGUGCCGCGCUUUUUGAUUAGCCGAUUCGCACCACCUUCUUAACCGAUCAGAAGUAGGGCCGAAAACGAUCGUAAUGUAUUUUUUUGGUUGUCGGCUACAGGCUCGAGUUCAAGUCCCAGCAGCAACGCUCAGGAUUUGGGUUGUGUUUGCUGUUGACUCUGGUUCAUAGUUUGAACACAAGCUGAAACAUGCUUACCUCGAUCGAUUUUAUGUUCCCGUCUUCGUUUGCCUAUGCCUAAUUACAAAAUUGCUAUGGCAACCUUCCGUACGUCUAAGUGCCAAGAUGGCGACAAAGUUUUAAAAUGUUAUGAAUGAAGAUGUUAAGGCAUAUAAAUCGAAUUAAGACGCUUUGGAAAACCUAAACACACGAAAGAGCACUUGCAUCACUCAAGAAGGAUUCUAACUGGUAAUUUGAAGAGACACUCGAAAAUUCUGAGCUUAAGCCAAAUUUAAGUUCUAAACUCAGUUUGAGAACGUGGAGUUCUCCGAUCGAUGCGAGAAAACCAGGAUAAUCAUGUCAAAAAUCCACCAUUGUAAUCGUAAUUCGUCACCACAUACAAAUAACAUAAUUAUUGCUUGUCUUAAAUUAAAUUUUGACGAUAUGUCACGAAUAAUCCUUCGCUGGACAUCUUAUUCAGUUCAUUUUUAAAGCAUUUUUAUAAUUUUCCUUCAACUCUUAAGGGUUAUCCUAAAACCGUGCAGAUUCUUUUGGAGUCUGGAGCUCACAUUAAUUGGCAAAACACUGCAGGAGAAACGGCGCUUAUAAGGGUGAGUUUUAUCCGGAGAGUGAAAACAAAUAAAACCUAACGCAAUGUCUACAACCUACGCUAUGCCGGAUACCGGGUUGAUACCGGUAGCUUUUCGUUUUGACAGUUGUGUUCCAGUCCUCGCUCCUAUUUAUUCACUUUCGCUAUGGUACGAACACCUGUUCACACUUUUGUUCACACUACACCAAAGUGUGGCACAGUUAAAGUGGCACAGAACCUUAGACGGAUUCAUCGUGACGUCACUGUUUACAUUUUUUCUCAUUUGCAUACGAGUUAACCCAUGAAAGAUGUAGCCAUAUAUACCAGUUAGUUCAAAAAUUAAAAGAGCUGGUUAAUUUAAGCAUUUUCUGCAAGUUUCAGCUCUUUGUAAUCAGUAACAAAGAAAAUAGCAGCAAUUAAAAACUGCAAAAUUACUGAGUGGCAAAACGUUAAUGCGCUUAUACACUCUUUGUAAAUUUUGGGGUUUUUCAAAGAGAAUUUCUCUAAAACUAUUUGGUAUAUCGGGCUCAAAUAUUCAGAGAUAACUGAAAUUGUUAUGCUCUUUCAAUAUUCGGAAAUUUCAUUUUAUUAGCUUCAUCAGAUAAUGAUAAGCCUAUGCUAAUGAGACAAAAAUGUAAACAAGGAUUCGCCUAUCCGAUAUGUGACGCGUUACCUUCGAGAUCGGCGCGGCACAGCUCCGCUCCGUUACAGAAACCGCGCCGAAAUGAACAUUCUUAAGUGUGAACAGAAGAGAUGGUUUUCGCGCCGGCGCAAGAGCUAUCUGGGAUAGUGUGAACAGAGCCUAAGGCGCUUACAAAGGGAUUGUAAACUCAUGAUUUUCUUUUAACCGCCAUCCAGUUUGGUUUCAAUUGGUUCCUUUUUCUCUCCUUUUCAGUUUUUCGCUAUAUCAUUCUCUUUCAUUUGUUUUACUCAUUCCUUUUCUUACAGGCUUGUAAGAAGGGCCACGAGGAUGUAGUGGGAGUUUUGUUAAGACAUGGAGUCGAUACUAAAGCUACAACCAGCUACGAGCUGACAGCAAUGCAGAUUGCACUGAAAAACCAACAUUUUGAGAUACAGAAAUUGCUCUCGGAUCAUGAAGAGAGGUUUGUAACUUAACGAGGAUUGUAACUAAACUUUAUCAUUUGUUUUAAGGUCUGUGUUUCACUUCCACACCGACGUAGCACCAGAGAUUUUUCAGAAACUAACCUCCUAAUAGAGCAGAUUUCGUUAAGCAACAUGUUGUCUAGCCAGCUAUGGGUUUUGUGUUGACUCCUUCCCAGUCCUCCUCUCCUUAUCUUGCUGAUAUCGGUAGGCGAUUGACUAUCUGUUGAUCGCUCUCAGGGCUUAAAGGGUUAAGCGGUAAGCUGGCAGGCUGUUCCCGACUGAGGGUGAUGCAUUUACAAGAGUAACCGUUUAUUUUUGUUUCUUUCUUUCCUUCUCUCGUAGUUUGGCGAAUACUUUACAUAUAGCUUUAGGCAAGUGCCUGGGAGCAGCCGGGACGUUACGCCUUCCACUGCUAAUGCCGUACCGCUGUAUUGCCCCGGGGGAGAAAGAUAUCCUGAACUUUCCCCUGAUUUAUAAUCAUUCUAAAGUUCCUCAAGGUAACUAGUAUUGCUAUUGUUAUGAGCUGCAGGAAAAUCCCGCAUAUAAGAACCUUUGCCACUGGUAUAUCAUACUUCUUGGUAUGUUCAGGCUUUCUACAAGUCACAUGGAAUUUUACAUUUCUAAAAGUGGGUUGUGAUAAGUUAUGCACGAGAAAGGUGUUCCUAACAAGAAAACAAGCACUUAAUAAAAUUUGAUGGAUCUCUUUAUUCAUGCAACCCUUGUCCUUUCGUAGUUUUUCAUGGGAAAACGUAACGAACAGAGCAAUACAAACUGUUAUAGAGAAAUCCGAGUGCCUAAAACAAAUGGAAACUAGGGUCUAUUGGUAAAGUAGUCAACUGCAUCAACUACCUACAUGGCAACGUGGCGCAUCAACAGUAAGAAUCAGCUUGACUAAAACGGUUAAAUAAAUAAACAACAAAUAAAACGAUUUGCAGGUAGCACAUCCACAUAGUGGUUCUUCGUCUACAUGAUUCCUGGUCGAAUUGAAAUUUGAAAAUGUUGGUUUUUGAGGAGAGGGGAAAACCGGAAUACCCGGAGAAAAACUUCUCGGAGCAAAGGAGAGAACCAACAACAAACUCAACCCACAUAUGGCGUCGACGCGAGGAUUUGAACCCGGGCCACAUUGGUGGGAGGCGAGCGCUCUCACCAUUGCGCCACCCUUGCUCCCCAAAGUAGCCGACAAGAAGGACUCUUUCUCUUGACUCCAAAAUCAAAUCUCUCUGAUGGAGAUGAUAUGUUCUAUGAGUAGAUUUAUUCAUUCAUUUAUUUGUAUAUUUAUUAUUAGUUUCUUUUCUUUUCAGGUACCAAAGUGGUAUUAUUCUGUGUGAGAGCAGAUUUUAAUGGUGACGAAGUGUGCCUCAGUUUCGGUGGUGACAAUGGCGUCCGGACUAUUUUGUUGAACGACAGCAUUCAAUAUCCACUCGUACAGGUACGUCUUAAGGUUACUUCAGUGGAGGACAGAAGGUCUUUGGGGAAGUAGGGGUGAAGAGGGGGCUUUGACAGGAUGACACGCUGGAUUUUCUGCUCUCACGCCUUUUGCUCGCUUGGUCACAAACACUUUUUGUUCUUCCCCAACAUCUUGUCAAGCACCCAAAUUCCUGCCCCUAAUACUUAUCUCUUUUCAUAUCCCUUAUCCUUCCUUAUCCAUAUCGGGGUAGUAAGUGGGGUUUGAACAGUGUAAACUUUUCACUAAGACAAACAUCAUAAUUCCCCUCCAUUUCUCCCAUUUACUGACCAUUCUUUUACUCUCUCUUAUUUCUAACUACAGGGUAACAGAUCAGUGUAUCUAUUAACACCGGAAGCGGAGACUUUAAGUAACAAACUCACAGUGCAAACACAUGUAGUGAAAAAUGUCAGACUCAUUGUCUGCGCGGCCAGUGUGAGCCCAGCGUCCGAAAGUUCUUAG